UUAUAAUUUUUUAUCUGUUGCGACGGUCGAUAGCCGACAACCGGCUUAUUUAUUUAGCUUCAACUCGUCAACAUGAGUUUUUAAAAUAACCUUUACGAAUUAGUGGCGGAAUUUUUGGCGGGAAGUCGUGUAUAAAUAAUAAUGUACACACUUUAUCUAUAAAAAAAAUUAUUCAGCGUUAUCGAAACAGAUAAAAUUUGUUGCCGUGCCGGAUAGCUAUAACAGGUCUCACUAAUUUAUACGUGCAAUGAUUCCUGAGACUUUAAAGCAGCGACUAGUGACAUGGCUGGAGGACCACCGCGAGUUGGUGGUGCUGGUGUUCUGUUUGCCGGCCAGCUUCCUCUUCACCCUGCUGCUGAGAGCUAAGGCCUGGCUGCGGCGCCUGGGGACCGGCCCCGACCAUGACACCGCCGUCAGGGAGAUACAGAGAAGGGUACUGCAGUGGAACAAGAUGCCGGUGGAGGAGCGUCGUCUCCUGUGUACCGCGAGACCGAACUGGUUGUCGCUGUCGACGACGUUUUUCCAGAAGCACCUCCACCACCGCGUGCCGGUGCCGCUGCACGACAUCCUCGAGCUGGACGAGCGCGCCAUGACCGUCCGCGUCGCGCCCAUGGUCACCAUCGGAGACAUCACCGAGUACCUCAUACCGAAGGGGUACUCUUUGGCGGUCACUAUAGAGCUGGUAGACGCCACUUUAGGAGGUCUCGCGAUGGGCACGGGCAUGUCGACGCACUCGCACAAGGCGGGACUGUACCAUGAGACCAUCACCAGCUACGAGGUGGUGCUGGCCGACGGAUCCCUGGUCACCGCCACCGCCACCAACCGGCACUCGGAUCUCUACAGGGCGCUGCCCUGGUCGCACGGCAGCCUCGGCUUCCUGGUCGCAUUGACCUUGAGGAUAGUAAAGGUCAAACCUUACAUCAAGUUGAAGUAUACUCCAGUUACGGGCCAGAAGAUCUACUGCGACAUGAUGAGAGAUCUAUCGGGCGCUAAUUCGGCGAACCCAGCGCUGCACCCCGACUAUAUUGAAGGUACUAUAUUUAGCAAGGACAGCGCUGUCAUCAUGACCGGAGACUACUCGGACUACGACCCACAGAUCCCAGUGAACCACUGCUCCAGGUGGUACAAGCCCUGGUUCUAUAAACACGUGGAAUCAUACCUCACUAAGGGAGAAGGUGUGGAGCUGAUACCUCUGCGGGACUACCUGCUGCGACACAACCGAGCUAUUUUCUGGGUAGUCGAGGACAUGCUGUCGUUCGGCAACGAUCGCAUUUUCAGAACAUUAUUCGGCUGGCUGCUGCCUCCGAAGCCGGCCUUCCUCAAAUUUACCACAACACCUGGAGUACGCGCCUACACCUUCACCAAGCAGGUGUUCCAGGAUAUAGUUCUACCUAUAACUGAGUUGGAGAAGCAGAUCGAAGUGGCCAGUGUGUUGUUCGAGAAGUUUCCAUUGUUGGUAUACCCGUGCAAAAUUAUCGAUCACGGUCCAUCGUCGGGUCAACUCAAACGUCCUGAUAAAAAAUACCUGGUGCCGGAGACAAAUUACGCAAUGUACAACGAUUUAGGAGUCUACGGUGUUCCUGGUAAAGUGAAAGAGAAGAAGUCUUAUAACCCUGUAACCGCUAUGAGGGAAAUGGAGAAGUUCACCAGAGAAGUUGGAGGUUUCUCGUUUCUGUACGCCGAUAUUUUCAUGACUAGAGAAGAAUUUGAGGAAAUGUUCGAUCUGACGCUGUAUGAAGAAGUGAGGAAGAAGUACAAAGCAGAGGGAGCGUUCCCACAUCUGUAUGAUAAAGUCAAACCAGAGCUAGACGUGUUUGCUGUAGGGGAGCAGAAUGCCAUAUAAUUUUUAUAAUUUGAAUAAAUAUCUUAUUUAAAAUAAGUU